AUGAAGGAUGUGAAAAUCAAAAUCAAACCUCUGCCCCAACACUCAAGUGUCGGGCCCGAAACGACCACGCCAACCUUGGAACCGGAUGAUGGAACGUCACCGGUCAAUCGAGAUAUCAUAAAAGUCCCUCUUAGAUGUCCACCUAAUCACGGGAUGCAUUCGUUAUUCGUCUUGAAAGUGAGUUUAUUACAUUGUGAGCGGUUACGAAAGCGGAUUUUUGCAGCUAGUGGCUUUUCGCAUUUUCCAGGAAAAAGAACUAUAGAUAUGAGAUUUUAUUGCCGUUUUCUGAGCGUGCUUUUGCUGCUCGUCUCUUUGACAUGUGCCACGCAAGGCAGCAGUCUUCGAACGAGGCGUUCUGUCUGGAAUGAAAUCGGAAACACAUUGAAUAACGUCGGGGAGAAAAUCAAGGAUACCAUAAAAACCAAAAUCGAACCUCUGUUCCACCGACAUUCAACCAUCGGGCCGGAAACGACCACGCCUACCUUGGAACCGGAACCGGAUUAUGAAACGUCACCGUUCUAUCGAGGUAUCAUAACAGUCCCUAUUAGAUGUCCACCUAAUCACGGGAUGGUAAAAGGACGAUGCCGAUUGAUCACUCGUCGGCGAUAAGAUCCUGCUAAAUUUAUAUCGAAAUAUUCUCCAUCAGAUUUUUAUCGUAUGUAAAACAAUAUGUUAUCUUGAUCAAUAAGAAUCUACAAAGACCGGAAGCAACAAAUUCGAGAGUUGCCGCAAGCCGGCAUUAAUAUUAUUAUAUCAAACAGGUUAUUUGACUGCACACAUACAUUAUAUUCUCAUAAUCAUAACUCAGUAUAGCUCAUCCCCAGGAAAUUUAUCUAUAUUGAGAUUGCGUAGCCGAGAUAGCCCCCCUGAGGAGAAUUUAAUUAUUCAUGAUGGUAAGCACUAAUCAAUGUGACUUGGAAAUCGUUGCUUGUGUAUGCCAUUAAGAUUUUCAGUGUAUACGUGAAACAGGUGUGACUAUUACUUCACCUAUGCUAUUAUACUGAUAUACUUAUCAUGACACGUCAACAUCGGAAUUGGAUAAUAAUAUAAUUACACAUUUUAUAAUGACGUUAAUAUCAAUUAUGCAAAAUAAUAUUAAAUAUGCAAAAAUA